UCUUACAGCCGGUACGUGCAAGAAAUAUGACCCUUUAAAACUAAACAGGAAGAAAAUGAUAAAUACACAAAACAGAAAGAAUAAUAUGAAAAAUCUUUCCUUCCUUACGUUUAUCCAGUUACCAUAGAAGGUUAAACUGAAGACGUGUGGAAAAGGGGGACGAAAGGGUAACGACACAAUAAGGGUAAAAACAGAGAAAUAAUAAAAACAAAAGGAGAACCCAUUUGUGAGAAAAAAUUAAUGAAUAAAACAACAGAAUAGGGAACAAAGAGUAAGAGAUUGGCUUCUUUCAGUCAUCAUUUCUUCUUUUUCUGAAUGGCCAACAGAAACAGUGAGGAAUGGUGGUGGGUGACAGCUUGCUCUUUUUGUCCCCCCACCCCACCCCUUCUCAUUUCCUCUCAUUUCAUCUGCCCCUGUGCUCCUAUAUAACCUCUGACACAGACGAUGUCUCGAGCAGAAGAAGAUAGGAAACAUCAGGUGUCCAUCUGGUACCAAGACAUAGAUUUAAAUAGAGAAAAUACAGUUUGCAGUCAGCAAAAUUCUAAUUUGAAGGAUUUGUAAACUGCCUCCAUGUUGAACCAAUCAACAACCAUCCUGAGGAUUACCUCACUGCUUUUACUGCUCGUGGGCGGCACAGAGGCAAAACUGGAUAUUAUUUCAAGUAGACAAGAUUAUCGAGUGGGAGAAGAGAUCUUGCUGUUAUGUAAAGCCUCAGGAGAUGGAGAAAUCAAGUGGCACAAGGAUGGGGAGGAAAUAGACGACGAAGACAUUGUGUCAAAACUGGACUACACCUCCUCUAAACUCCUCAUCAAGAAGGCUAAGAUGCAGGAUGCAGGGAAGUACACCUGCGAGUGUGAAUUUGACAGCGGGCACAAGUCUGACGAGCAGAUAGUUCUGUAUAUUUAUGAUGGUCCAUCAUUUGGUAGCAAGAACACUUACCAUGAGUUUCUGGAGGGCACGGACGGAGUGGUGCCGUGUCUGGUGACAGGGCUGCCGGCGGUGGACGUCCACUGGCUCCGAGACAAGCAAGACAUCCCUUCUGCUGGAGAAAGGCGUGUUCGUAAGAUGCCUGAUAACUCACUUUACAUUGAGAAAGUUCAGAGAAAAGAUGCUGGAACGUAUGUGUGCCAGGCCCAGAUCAGAGGCAGACCCAUCUCUCAGCAGCUCACCGUCUCUGUUGUUGUCAAUGCUCCUCCUUCAGUGAGGCUCAGAGAGGAGGUGAAAAAAGUGAUGGCUGGACCUGAAACCAACGUGUCCCUGCUGUGUUUGGUAGACGGUCUGCCAAAACCCAACAUUACCUGGACCAUGCCGGUGACAUUUGACCCCUUCCAUCACCAGUUCAACUCCGAUCGCAGCCAACUCUCCAUCCAGUCUGUGGCCCGGGCCGACUUCGGGGAGUACAUCUGCACUGCCACCAAUAAGAUCGGAGAGCACAGUGCUACCAUAGUGCUUCAUGUUUUUGAGGCUCCGGAGGUGUUUGUGUCUGUGGACCAGCAGCGAUUGACUGUGGGGGAGCAUGUAUCUGUGUUCUGUAACGUGACUGGUCAUCCUCAGCCUGAGCUGCACUGGCUCAACAAGCAAAAUGGACAAACACUGGAUUCAACCGGUCGUGUCCGUGCUGAGGAUGGUGUGCUGGUGAUUGAUGAAAUAGUGCCUUCUGAUGGGGGGUUGUACUCCUGCAUGGCAGUCAGUGCUUCUGGCAAUGCUUCGAGAGAUGUUGCUAUACAAACCCAGCCCGGACCUCCUCAUUACCUGUCAGUCUCUCCAGGGCCAACCUCAGUCGUCUUUGAACUCAAAACCUUCCCCAUCAGUGGUGGAACACCUAUCUCAGGUUUUGUCCUGCAGUGGAGGAAAAGCUCAGCAGAAGAGUGGAAAGAGAUCAUUGUUCCAACUACGGAUCGUUUGGCCAUCACCAGUCUUAAGCCCUAUACAACUUAUUUAGUUCGCAUGGCUGCCCUGAAUGCAGUGGGACAGGGACAAUUUUCAAUCGAAAGCAGCGUUCACACUGAGGGAAUACAAGGAGAACCAGACAGCCCAGUUUUGUCCACAAAUGAGAUGAAAGUUGAGGGCAACUCCUUCUCUGUUCCUAUACGACAGAUUGAUGAUGGUGGGUCGCCCCUGCUGCACUUUGAUGUCCGGUACAAACAGGAUACAGAAGGGUCUGAGUGGAAAGAAAAUGAGCUGCCAUCAGAUGCUGAUGCUGUCAGUCUUAAAGAUCUUGUGUAUGGCUCAGACUAUAAACUGGAAGUAAAAGCAGUCAAUGCUAAUGGUUCCUCCCUGCCUUUCAAAUUCAACUUCACCAUUGCGGAACAGUCUGUGAGCAGCAGCAUGACCAAAGGCGGCGUGGUUGGCAUCGUCAUGGUCAUUUUCGUCAUUGUGUUUCUGGUGGUAGACGCCACCUGCUGCUACAGAAACCGCUGUGGUCUGCUCAUGACCAUCGCUGUGAAGCUGUUUGGACAGAAGGUUCCAGGCCUUAAAAUGGUGGAGGAGGGAGAGGGAAACACUAACGGAGAACUCAAGCUGAAGGGUAUUGACAAACCAGGAGGCAGUUUACAGCAGACAGGGACUCAGACUCUCAGCAAGGAGAGCGGCCAGCUCUCAGAGGUCACCUGCGACAAAGCCCCUCUCACCAAACAUGAGAAGAUACAGCCUCCCACUGCUGAUGCGUGAGACCAGCCUGAAAAGAAGUUUUGAAAAAGUCAAUAUUAAAUGGUAUAGACGGCAAAACAAGAGGUCAACUAUCUGCCGUGGGAAAGGUCAAAGUGCUGCCACAUCUUAAGAAUGGACAGAUUUGAUCAAAGUGUGUUAAACUAGGUUGAGCCAGCACUUUGUGUUGCUAAGAAAACUUGAGUCUGUGUGUAGUCUCUGUUUUUAUAUAUAAAAAAGAGAACUAGUUUAGAUUCACCAAUGUCCUUCCACAGGGUAAUAUUGAUCUGCUGUAUGUGUGUUACAGGGUAAAAUGUUGUUAUAAGAUAACAACAAGAUGAAGUCAGUGACACUGGCACUGACAACGGCACAACAAAGCUUUAGCUGGUGCAUUUGAAUGUUUUCCUAACACAAUUUUAGCUGCUGUUGUUUCUUACGUCUUUAACAUUAACAUUGUGGCAGCUCCAGUUAAUCUGAUGACUCAGCAGAUUUUUUUUAUCACUUAAUUGUGAGUCUUAAAUAAAAUUUGCCUAUUUCUGCUUUUCAACAACACCAAAAAAAAAAAAAAAGUAUUUAUCGUAAAAUGAUCUGAAAUUGAUCUAAAACUAUAUUCAAUUUUGGAGUUUGUAGCACUUUUUUUUUAAAAAAAAAUGUGUUUUGAAUUGUGAGCACUGGCCACAUUAAAAAAUUUGUAAUCGAGUCUUUGUUAUAAGAACAAUCUUCAAAUUGCAUUUACAAGUGAUCACAUGUAUAUUUACAUUAGCAUAAUGUAAAAUAUUUUGUAAUUCUACUUUCCACACUAAAUCAGUGAAUCAUCAGCAAAACGGUUUGUGUUUGUGCAUGAUUUAAUGUGAAGAAAAUGUAUUUUUAUAGAUUCUCUGAAUAUAUCACUGAAGUUUCUAUUUAACACUGUACAUGCCUGUGUAUAUAUGCUGCAUUUUUCAUAUUUGUGUUUUAUAAACUUGUAAAUGUCAA